AUGGCCGAAGAAGUCCGGGGACAAUGGGGUAGACAGCUGGAGUUUGUCCUGACUAUGAUUGGCUAUGCUGUAGGUUUGGGCAACGUCUGGCGGUUCCCUUAUCUGUGCUUCAAGAAUGGCGGAGGCGCCUUCCUGAUUCCCUACGUACUGAGUUUAGCAUUGCUGGGAAUUCCCUUGUUUGCUUUGGAAUGUGCGUUCGGUCAGUACGGAGGAAAAGGGCCAUUGAGUAUUUGGUCCAUCAACCCCGCCUUUAAAGGUCUAGGAAUCAGCAUGGUUGUGGCAUCGGGAAUCAUCUUCAUCUACUACGACAUCAUCAUUGCCUGGGGCCUGCGUUUCCUGGUGGCCUCGUUCACCUCCCACUUGCCCUGGAUCGACUGCAAGGACUGCUCGUGUCUGCUGUACGGCUUCAGGAAUUUGUCCCAGGGCGAGGUCGACUUUAUGCGGACCAACAACUCGCUAGGAGUAGAGUGCCCCGACCUCCAGCUAAACGAAACAAAGUCCCCAAGUGAGCUUUACUUUUUUAAGGAAAUCCUCCGUGACUCUGGCACUAUUGAGGAGAUCGGUAAUGUGCAGUGGGAACUUCUUGUAGCUAAUCUUGUUUCUUUCAUCAUCGUAUUUCUGGUUCUUCUCAAAGGGAUUGAGACUCUGGGAAAAGUUGUGUACUUCACGGCAAUCUUUCCCUACGUAUUGCUGACCAUCCUGCUGGUCAGAUGUGCAUUGCUGGACGGAGCUUAUGACGGUGUGCUGUUCUACCUGACCCCCCAGUGGGAUCGUCUUACUGAUGCUACGGUCUGGAGUGAUGCAGCAGUCCAGAUCUUCUUCUCCCUCAGUGCCUGUAUGGGUGGCCUCAUCGCCAUGUCUAGCUACAACACGUUCAACAACAACAUCAUCAGAGAUGCGUUCACAGUCCCUAUAAUCAACUGCUUGACGAGUUUCUAUGCUGGGUUCGUAGUAUUCUCUACGCUAGGAAGUAUGGCCAAAACCAAGGGCGUGGACAUUGCCGUUGUCACACAGGGAGGGCCUGGAUUAGCCUUUGUGGUCUACCCAGAAGCAAUAGCCAGCAUGCCGGUGUCUACACUAUGGGCCAUCCUCUUCUUCUUCAUGCUCUGUAUCCUAGGAUUCAGCACUCAGUUCUCCGCUGCUGAAACGUUGAUGACUUCCAUCAUAGACGAAUUUCCCCACUUCUUCAGGCAAAGGAAACGUCAGGUUCUCUUCCGUAUAAGCGUCUGCCUGCUGGGUUUUAUCUUGGGUAUUCCGAUGGUGACGCAAGGUGGCUCCCAUCUCUUGGAUCUUGUGGACGAGGCCGUGCUAGGGUUUCCCUUGCUCUUUAUUGGUCUCUUUGAAUAUGUGGUAGUCAUUUAUAUUUAUGGAUACUCCAGAUUCGCAGCCGAUGUCAAAGCCAUGGUUGGAUUCAGUCCCUUUAUUUACUUCAAGGCAACGUGGGUAGUUAUCGCCCCUGUACUUUUACUGGCUGUCAUUGUAUUUAAAGCUUAUCAGAUGGAGGAUUUCUCUGCUGGCUGGGUGGGACUGCUCUACUACCUGAUUGUCAUCUUCGCUUUGAUGUGGAUUCCGUUAUGUUUCUUCCAUUACACUUGCAAGAAUGGAACGUGGGAGCUUAUGCAAGCUAAAGAAGAAUGGGUCAACAGGAGAAAUUUGAACAAGAAAAACGCUCUUAGCGAAAAGCCAGCACUCUCCGAUACUGCAAAGAACAUUGGGAAUUGCGAAAUUAACGUGAACGAAGAUAAGUUAUCCAGCUACGACAACACUGCAUUUGUUCCUGAUUAUAAUAUCAUCAAUGAAAAGACGGACAAAAAUGGUGAUCUUGUCGAUAGAAUAAACCUCGACAAAGGAGAUAAAGACAAUUAUUACAUCACACCACUAUCCCAUAGUGACUAUGAUAAUCCAGCCGCACAUGAUGAUAGUGUCACUAAGCCGAAUCACAUUUCCACACGAUUUUAG